AUGGGCAAGAGCCGCAAUCCGGAGGUCGUCAAGCGAACCCUUCGUAUCCAGCGGGCUAUGUUUCGGAAGAAAACCGCCACCCUCGCGGAUAUCUUCAACAGGAGACGCCCAAAGUGCAAGAAGGCCAAAGCCACGGUACGGAAGCUCGAGGCGGAAGUUAAAGAGCUGGGAGGGGAGCUGUCGGAUGAAGUUUCGUCGUACAACGCGCUCCUCGGCGAAACUUCGACAGUUCCAGCUCUCGGGAAGAAUGAAAGCCAAACCGGGGGCCAGGAACCACCAGCGGAGUUCGCGGAGGGGCCUUCUACAUAA